AUGGAAGAGGAAGAGCAGCAAAUUGUAUAUGUGAAAAACCUUGAAACAAAGGAAACCCUUUGUUUUACUAUGAGUCUUAACACGCUAGUCACUGCGUUUAAGCCACAAGUUGCGUUGAGGUUUGGUCUUCCAUUUGAUCGACCGUUUUAUUUAGUCCACAGAAAUACAUUUCUUGAGAGCAACUUGUCCCUUCACAAAAAUGACGUUCGACCGAAUGAAUUGCUUUAUAUGUAUUUCCCGGUUGUUCAACGAAGAUCCGACGCAUUUAAUUUGUUCACGGAAACGUUACACAAUACUCUAAGAAUACCAAAUGAAACGGAAAUAGUGUUAUAUAUGACUAACCCUUCAACAGGAGAAACAAUUCGAAUUCGUUCAACACCUCAAGUCGUACAACAAACCAAUCAAACUAAUCCAAACGACUCCCAAAAUCUAACACAACAAAACACUCAACUGAAUGGUCAAAACUCGAUUCAACAUGAUCAACAACAAAAUGUUCCAGAUAUAGAAACGAUCCCUAAUUUCUCUCCAUUCUCGUUCUUCGAAGGAUCACUCCCUCUAACUCAACAAACACAACAAAUUGGCUCAAAUGGAUCAACUCAAAACAUGAAUGAAAACAUUGAAGCGAUCUCUCAGAAUUUAAAUACUCAAAACAAUCAAAAUACAAACAACACACUCCUUCAACAACAACUUAAUAGGCAACAUGAACAAAGAAAUCAACUAAUACCGCCAACACAAAAUAAUAAUACCACACGAAGAACUCAACGGCUCCAAAACGGUGUAAUGAGAAUGCCACUCGGGUUGUUACCACAACGCCAACCAAUUACGCAACCACAACGGCAACAACAGGUUAUACAACAACACGAAGGAUCGUCAACGAGUUCAAUUUAUACACCAACACAAAAUGUUCCACCAAAUCAAACUAAUCAAUUCCCAACAGAUUUGUAUCUGGAAGAGAUCUUCAUGAAUAUCCAACAACUACUUACAAACCAACAACAUAUCUUCGAUACUCAGGAAAGCACACCAACACAACUACCUUUCAAUUCUUCGAUGAGAACUCAACAACCACGCGUGAGAGAUCAACGGGACAACACACAAACAUCAUCACAACAACUCCCACAACAAGCAGAACAACAACAACCCAUCACACAACUUCCUCAACAACUCCCACAACAAAAUCCAUUACAAAACUGGCUUCGUCCAGGGCAAACAGUCUCUGUACGCAUCUUCGAGAUGCCAACUGAAUUUUUACAACUUCCGCCAGCGCCCCGAAAUGUUGUCUCAAAUGUUGUCCAACACGUCAACAGUGAGAGACAGGAAGUACACGCGGAACCGCAUCAACCUGUGGAUGUGGUGUCUCCUGAUGUUCGAGAGUGUCGAGAGUUGUUAUAUGAGAUGCUACAGAUCUUAGUUGAUGAUGAAAAACGGGAAGAAGUGAUCAAAAGGAUAAUCCGCUGGAUGCAAGACGAGUUUCGAACGCCCGAAGAGAUAGUUGGGAAUAUGAUCAAUUCGAUAGCAAAGUACUUGAAAGAAGUCUUAGAAGACUCGAAGUUUGACAAGAAGGUUGAUUUGAUGCGGGAUGUGUUGAACACGAUCUACAACAAUUUGUACGACUACUGUACCGAGCACUUUGGGGACGUCGACGCCUUUGCCAAUUUCUUCCGCAAGACGAUGUACGACAUCAUUGAGUUAAACAAGACGCAUAACAUCGAAGAAGUCUUUGAUUUGAUUCAUCGAUGCAUCAGGCGGAUCAUAACGGAGGGGCAACCGGCCAACAAGAUUGGGGAGGAGAAUCCCUCGUCGAUUGAACUUGAAGAGCGCUUUUUAUUAGGGGUGAGAAGGUGCCAUGAUACUUAUCAGUUGUGA